CCUGAUAUCUGUGCGUAACGCGAGUCCCAUGCGCUCCCCAUUCAUUAGCAGCGCGCGGGUGUGAGCGAGUGUGUGUGUGUGAGUGUGUGAGUGAGCUCCCGCGCGCGCUGUCCUUACUGAUUUCUACACAUGGAGAUGAUGAUACUCUGCUAAAACGAGUGAUCCUUCUAGAUUGGAUACCUUUCGAGAUCGCACCUGAAUCAGCGUGUUUGCGCUAGGACUCUCCAUCUGGGUCUAUUAACGGAUCAUAUCUGCCUAAAGCCCACAUAUUUAGAUAUAGAAGAAGAUCUGUCUAUAUAAUGCCGACACAUAUUCGACUUCGGAGAAGGUCAUUUCUCGGGCUCAUAUUUCUCUUCUCGCUGUCCACUUCUGCACUGUACUUCAUCUAUUCAGCUCCUGGUAUAGUUAAUGAAUACCUGUUCAUGGCUCAGGCCCGGGGGAUCCAGAUCCGGGAGAAUGUGAGGAACAUGGGUGCUCAGGUGCUGGAGCAGAUGGUGCGCAGCGCCUACAACGUCAACGGCACAGAGUACACGUAUGAGUUUAACUUCAACGAGACAGAAGUUCCCACCACUCCUUUCCUCCCACUGGACUUUACAUACCGGCCAGAUCAUGUGUGCCCAGAGAAGCUGCCCUCCAUGAUGGGCCGGCUGAAGGUGAACAUGAGUGAGAUCGCUCUAUCAGACGUGGAGAAGCUUCUGGAUCGGGCAGAUACGAGUCUUUCUCUCGGAGGACACUGGAAACCUCAUGACUGUCUCCCACGCUGGAAGGUGGCCAUCUUGGUUCCUUUCCGAAAUCGUUUUGAGCACCUCCCGAUACUUUUCCGGCAUCUGAUCCCGGCACUGCAGAGACAGAGACUGCAGUUCGGCUUCUAUGUCAUCGAACAGGCCGGAAACGAACCGUUCAAUCGUGCCAUGCUGUUCAAUGUCGGGUUCAAAGAGGCCAUGAAGGACUUGAACUGGGAUUGCGUAAUAUUCCACGAUGUCGACCACAUCCUGGAGAACGACCGCAACUACUAUGGCUGUGGUGAAAUGCCACGACACUUUGCGGUCGAACUCAACAAGUACUCUUACAUGCUUCCCUAUGAGGAGUUCUUCGGUGGUGUGAGCGGGAUGACCGCGGAUCAGUUCCGGAAGAUAAACGGCUUUCCCAACGCUUUCUGGGGCUGGGGAGGGGAAGACGACGACCUCUGGCACAGGGUUAAGUUCGCCGGCUACAAAGUGAGUAGACCUCGUGGAGAGCUCGGCCGAUACAUGUCUAUACCACACCACCACAGAGGAGAAGUGCAGUUUCUGGGCAGAUACAAGUUGCUUCGUAGAUCCAAGGAAAGACAGAGUCUGGAUGGCCUGAAUAACUUGAAUUACUCCCCCCUAGUGACCCGGAGGAAUCUUUACACGAAUGUGUCAGUGACGCUCAGUCGAGACCUGGCGCCCAUCGCUGACUACUGACUUCACACGCGGGACGGCAGGAGAGACACAUGCCACACCACUUUAUCCAUUUAAGUUAUUUUUUAGGAAAGGGGGUGAUUCCACAGAUCCUCAUGUGUUUUCUUUUUACAUUUACUUCAUUUUUUUAUUUUUUAUUUUCAACCAAAAUUUUUUUUUGUUAAUUUCACCACCUUUUAUUUGUUCUUUGUCACUCAUCCACUGUCUGUCUAUCAUGGAAAUUGAUCUGUUCUGGAAUCCAAAACCCCAUCAGCUAGUUUCGCCUCGUCUUCUAAUCAGACUUCUCCUGGGGGGUCACAUGUUUACUGCAGGAACGAGAGAAGUUAUGGGACAGGUCGAUGGCAGGUAUGCUAAACCGCUUCAGAAUAGCCAUUGCAGGGUUUGGGGCCUAUGCCCUUUCCUCUGCCAGAAACAAACACAGCUGGUUCUGUGUGUUAUAUAAAACUAAUAAUUAAAUUCAAACAAAAAAAAAUUAUAUUAAAUGUAUAAUAAGCAAGCAUGCACUGAUACUCACAGUAGAUGCUACUAACAUCACACGUUUGUGUGGAAACGAACACCUCACGUAGUCCUUUUAGCUGUACAAUAUAAACAUGCUUAUUAUCGGGAAACGCAUACAACAAAUAUUAUGAUUCUUGACAUUAUGACGCCAUGACAUGGCUUGACAAUCACAGUUUUCUUUCAUGUGUUGAUGUAUUCCACUAAAACAAGAAGUUGGGGCGUAUCAAAUGCCUUAUACAAACACAAAUAGCCAGCAGCUUUUAGUAUAUCUCACAGAUGGUAUUAGAGAGAGGGACAUUUGAUUAAACAAAAAACGGCAUGGCCAUUAACGCGCAAGAUCAUCAUUAGUUUUGCCAUUUUAAGGCAUUUAUCACAAGUGAAUUUGCUCACCUCUCAGGAGUACACCAGCAUUUCAGAGCAAAUAGACAUGGGCCAAAAGCCAAACAAUGGGAUCAUUAACAAACCCAAGCCGCACACAUGCCAGCAGAAUGUGCUUUCGCCUGAGCGAUCAGGUAUUUCGCUCUGUACACUGGGAUAAUAUGUUCAUGGGUGGUAGAUAAGAACCAGCUGACUGGAUAGUUUCAGAAUUCGUCAAGCUGUACUUAUGUGGGUCUGCAAGCCGUUUGAAAUAGUUGGAUUGUCUGACGAACAAACAUUUUGUGGUUUGUGCUCCCAGAGGGGUUUCGCUUUAGUUCCUGCUUGCAUUGUGUAGAUAUUUCAAGAGUGUUUCCCACACACUGCCUUUCACAAACACAUUGACAUGCAUUUGGAGAAAUAUGCACUGCCUCUCUAUGUGUGUGUACUCACCUCAUAUUGACACAAAGGGUGUGUGAGGGAAUACAACUCUGUUCCGCUAUUAAGUUUUACAAAAGCCAACAAUUGAUAUUGCUCAGUUCUGAGUGUUAUACCGGUUAAUCUCUUGAGCUAAACUUUUUGGCUGAACAAGCCAGUUUAUUAGACCAAACACUCUCACUUCAGGCCUCCUUCAUGAAACACGAGAAUGGUUUUUGGUCUAAAUCAUUAAUGAAACUAUUUUUGCACAAGUUUUUAUAUUUAUCCGUCAGGUUGCUUUCAAGAAUCAGGAAUUUGUGUGCGAACCGUUCAAAUAUACGCUGCGUUCAUGAAAGCAGACUCAGUUUUUGCUUUAUCAUUCACAUAUAGAAAAACAUUAUUCAAUUUAUCACCUUAAUGGAAAUUACAUUCUGAACAAUUUGCACAUAAAUGUGUUUCGUACGAUUCUGAAACAUGAUGUCCGCGUCAAUCAUUUAUGAAUCAUGAACGAGGCCCUUCAUUCCAUCACACUAGUAUAUUCCCAAUACAAUGUGUUUAUGUCGUUUAGAGAUCAAGAGGCUUUGUAGCUAAUGCGUAUUUGUGAGCGCGUGUUUGUGUGUAUUCAUCAAGUCAUAGAGGCUGGCCCUCAUAUUUAUUCAUUCAUUUAUGAACAUUUUAUUUUUUUUUUAGUUAAUUGUUUUACUGUAAUUGUGAUUAUUUUGAGGGAAACAGAUCGAUAAGAUAACUGUGAUGUAAAAACAAGCACUGAAAUUUGUUUCUUAUGUGAGGCUAAGUCUUUUGCUGUUAACCUGAAUGGACGGCUGUUUCGUAUGAAGACACGAGAGGAGGAGACGGUUAGAGAGACGUUCUUGAGUGCACAUAUAACCGAUGGUGCUGAUCUCACGGACAUUAGUAUUGUGCUACUUCUGUCUUGUAACAGAUAAUUAUACGGGAUUGAAACUAAUGACCCUCAUUGACCAUGUCGGCAGCAUAAGCUAUCCAUGUAGCAUGUUUAGCGCUCCAAGCACUUCUCUCUAAUGUUUGUUUCUCUCCGUGUUUGACGCUCGUGGAGUUCUGCGCCAAUGAUUGAGGUCUUUUUACCUCGUAUAAAAGCGAACAAUUAAUACUCUUACACUGUGUCCAUGUAAUAACCAAGCAAUCAACUAAAUGUCCUGUCACUUGUCAAAUUUGGUUUAAAAAGAAGAAGAAAAAAUGCAUGGAAGGAAAAAAAAACUUUACACAGAAGAGUCAUUUGUAGCUGAGUUGUACAGUAUAUCUAAAUACAGAAGUAAAGUCAUGCUCCGUUUUGAUUCGCAGGUGUUUAGCCUGUAUGGGAAUGUCAGGUAAUGCACUGGCCAGUACCUCUGCUUUACUACAGAUUUUUGUUUACAGUGUAGGACACAGUUAUAAGCUCAAAAUCCCUAUUAAUGUAUUGCUAAUGGAAUAUUUUGGAAUCAAAUGCUGCGUUCACGCUGUGUCGUAAUUGCCAACGCUAUCUCGUGACAAAUUUGUACGAAUUCGUACGAGUGAGUAGUAAAAGGUGGCUGGUUCGUACAAAUUUGCUUAAAGCUCACGUGACGGUUUGGUUUAGGAGCGGGGUCUGGUGUAGGUCAUUCAUUCGAAUUCAUACGAAUUUGCUGAUUCGUAAAAUAUGUACGAUUUAGCCAAAAUCAUACGAAUUCGUAAACAAGUGAGGUCAAAUGAAUUUGUACGAAUUAGCCACCUCGUAAAAUUUGUACAAAUUGCUGUGAGAUCGGAUUUACCGUCAUUUCGAGAUGACAACCCGUCUACUCUGAGCUGUUAACACCUGGAAAUUAUGAGUUUCUAUUGCAACACUAUCAAUGUGUAAAUGAACCUACAGCAGUCAGGUGGUACAAGCAGGAGCUCUGCUAAACAAGUUGUAGGCUUGAAUGCUUUUGCACAAUAGUUUGUGACAUGGCGUGAACGCACCUCAUCGUCAAAUAGUAAUUCACAACGAAUCAUAUAUGGAUUUGAACAUUCCCAAAUAUUUCAAUAGAUUUGUUUUUUUUUUUUACAGGAUUUCAACAGUAUUUGAUUCCCUGGUUCCAAAGUAUGAUUAGCAUUCAUUAUGUGUUUCCAUUUCAUUAUAUUUAGUGUGAGGAAUAUCAAAAGUUUCUUGCAGCUGCUGGGUUGAUUUAACUUCCACAUUAAAGAAAAUGCAAUACUGGUCUUGAAUCAGAGAUAGGGCGCUCAAGGUCCCGUCAUUGGCACACUCCUCUAUAUCACCCAUUCAGCUCCAGUUGAAAUGACAGGGACGGCACUAACCCGUACCUUGAACAACUGGCUGCCUUAACACCUGUUAAUUUAUUCAAUGUUAUCAUGUUUUUAUUUUUUUAUAAGCAAAUAUAUUUAAAUAUGUUAAUGUGUUUUUUUUCACUUGUGCAUAUUGUGUAGUGUGUUUAGGAGCAUAAGGUGUCAUAUAAAGGAACUAAAAAGAUUGAUUUACUAUUAAGAAAGUUUGGUGCCAUUUACCUCUGUGAAUGCCAUGUAUUUUCUAUUCACUCCAACAUUUCUUUCUUUUUUUAUCAUACCAGGCCUUAAAUACUGUUUCAGGAUUAUGUGUGAUGAUGAAGAUGCUCCUCUUAUAACAUUAUCAUGUUUAUGUCUUUCUGAAAGGUCUUUUGUUGGCCAAACCACUGCAUCAAUCUCAAAAUGAAAAACAUUUAACAUUAUUUGUAUAAUAUCAAGACAAUUGAAAUGUUAUGAGAAGAUAAGAUGCUGUCGUCCAUUAUAAGGAGAUUCGGUCUCUUUGAAGUGAAGCCAUCUGCCACUCGUACAACACAUCUCGGCCUUAGUGUUUGUGUAUGAACUUAUCUUUGAGUAGAGACACUUUCUUUGACGUCUUUUUUUGCUAUUAUCAUUGUUGAAAUGACUGAAGUACACCAAUAAAAUAGCUUGUUGUUUUA